AUGUCAUCAGGCCAGCAGGUGUGGCAUACAGCCACGCCGGCCCCCGGUCGGCCCAGCCCUACAGCCACGGUGCCCAGGUCCCCCAGCACCCCCGGCUCAGAGAAGGUGGCCUCCCCACUGGAGUGCUCCAUCUGCUUCUCAGGCUACGACAACAUCUUCAAGACGCCCAAGGAGCUCUCCUGCACACACGUCUUCUGCCUGGAGUGCCUGGCACGGCUGGCGGCUGCCCAGCCAACAGGCCGGCCCGGCAGCGAGGCUGUGCCCUGCCCGUUCUGCCGGAAGCCCACGGCUGUGCCGGCUGCAGGGGCCCCCGCCCUGCGCACCAGCCGCCAGCUGCAGGCCAGGAUGCCGGCACACCUGCGUCGGGAGGAGCCCGUGUGGCUGGAGGGCACUAAGCUGUGCUGCCACCCGCCGCCCUCCACACCCGGCCUUCCAGCGCCUGGCUUCGUGUGUGUGGAUGUGGGCCUGAGCAAGCCUGCGGAGCCCACUGCACCCACACCCACCCCGCGCCCUGCCCGCCGCCGGGGCCGUCUGGCCCGCUGCUGGGCGCGCUGCGGGGACUGGAGGCGCGUGGCGCUGGUCACGGCCCUGCUACUGGUGCUCUCCUGUGUGGUGCUCUGGCCUGUGCAGUGCGCGCUCAAGACUGGGAACCUGCACUGUGUCCCCCCGCCCUCCGCCACCAUCACCAGCGCCGCUGCCUUCUCUCCUGGGCCCUUAGCCGACCGCUAG